AUGAAACGCUGCUUUAAGGAGGAUGAGGAAGCGAAGGAGGAAUUACAGAUAUUGGUGGAUCAGAGAUACCAUCACCUCUUCGCUAGAUGUGCUCUGUUUGAAAAAUGUUUAGAGAAACUAACAGAGUUAACUUAUAAUCGAGAAAUGUUUGGACGAUUGCUAGUAGCCUUAGAGGAUCUACGAGCUGCUAUGUUCCCGGACCUACAUGGCUAUAGGGAAAUGCACGAUCGCCUAAUAGAGAGAACCGAUAUGUGCAUCAACGCACCCAGACGCUUAGGAGAGUUCGAAAAAGAAGAUCUAUUUGUAAAUGGACUACGAACUUGGAUGAAGGAAGAAUGGAUACGACUCGGAGACAAAGGGUUCGAUGCGAAAAUAGGUAUCCUGAUAGCAUUGGAAAGAAACCGAGUAGAGUCCUGGAAUCAGGAAUCGCAUUACACUCAGCAGAGGAAGUACUGUCCUCGGCACCGAAGCUACACACAUGGCCCAGAAGAGUGCUUCGACAGAACUAGGACAAGCAACAGCAACAAGGGCUCUCAAGCUAAGAAUGCGAAAGACAAUAUCCGCAUGAUUCAGGAAGAAAAGAUCCAGUGUCAGAAAAUUGGACUAGGAGGACUAAUUUUGGAAGAGCCCAUCCAGGUCGUCCUGGACACUGGUGCACGGCUGACUUACAUAAGGAAGGAGGCCCAAGAGAAAUUAAAGUUACCCAUAGAAAAGGUAGAGGCCACAGUGCACCUAGCUAACGGUAGAACUGUACAAAUCAAUGAACAGACGGAAACCGAAAUGGAGCUAGUGGGAAUCUCUCAUACCCGGUACAAAGUGAAAGCCUUGGUAUUGCCAGGCCUGACAGAGGAUCUGAUCGUAGGCCUAGACUUCAUGUGUAACAAUGGGAUGGUCCUGGACCUAAAGAAAGGGAUCAUAUCAGUGGAUGGCUACGAGUUGCUCAUUGAGGAAUUCCAAGACAAAGAAGCCAGUCGACCAGAAAAUCUAUUGGUGGAUAACCUCAGGCAAGUAGUAAGAGAACCGGAAACACUGGAGGAUGUUGUUCAGGGAUUUAAGGCAACGAAUCCCAUCUUAGGAAAUAUCGACGGUCAAGAACACGAGAUCCAUCUGACCAGCGAUAAACCAGUACACUUCAAGCCCUACGGGCUACCUUUCAAGGUAUUGGGGGAACUAAAACAACAGAUAAAGGACAUGCUGGACCAGGGACUGAUAAGCCGUAGCAGUUCCAAAUACGGUAGCCCCAGCUUUGGAGUCCUAAAGAAAAACGGAGCAGUGCGAAUGGUAACAGACUUCAGGGCACUCAACCAGAUAACAGAGAAGGAGGUCUAUCCGUUUCCGAACGUCAAGGACCAGUUGCAAGGAUUGCAUGGAAGGAAGGUGUUCAGUCAAAUCGACCUAGAUAAGGGAUUCUAUCAAAUUAGAAUCCGGAAAGAGGAUAGACACAAGACAGGCUUCGUGUUGCCUUUCGGACAGUACGAAUAUAAUCGGCUGCCUUUCGGCAUGGCCAAUAGCCCACGCUCUUUCCAACGGGCUAUGGAUGGAAUGCUUCGAGGAUUAGACUGUGUUAGAGUAUUCGUAGACGACGUACUCAUCGCUAGUUCAAGUUUAGACGAUCACGUAAGGGACGUGAAACUAGUGUUAGAAAGGUUACAAGGAAGUGGAGCUAAGAUCAAUUUCGAAAAGAGUCAUUUCGGCUUACCUCAGGUGAACUAUUUAGGUAUGAUCAUUUCGGAGCACGGAAUACGAGCGGAUAGCUCAAAGAUACACAUCGCUCGAAUGGAGGAAGCACCAAAGAACGCGAAAGAAGCAAGGAGACUGCUAUGGCUCCUAAAUUGGUUUCGUGAUUUCGUACCAAGAAUGAGCGAUAAAGUAUUGCCUUUGACCAAAAAGAUGAAAUUGGAAAAGGGAAAGUUUUUCUGGGAUCAGGAAGACGAAAGUAUGCGAAAAGGGAUUUUCGAGGAAAUUGAGAAGGAGAAUCUAUUGCGCCAUGUCGACCCUAGUAAGCCGUUCGAACUACAAGUCGACGCAUCAAAAGAAGGCAUAUCAGGGGUAUUGUUGCAGGAAGGAGCAAUAGUAGGAAUCUACAGUCAUAAACUGCAAGGAUCGGAACUCAAUUAUACAAUCGUAGAAAAAGAAUUCUACGCAAUAGUUAGGAGUAUACAGCAUUUCCAUAAGCUGGUAUGGGGAAGCAAGAUCAAACUAAAAACGGACAGCAAGAACAACAGCUAUAAUCAACCGGCUGAAGGAAGCAGGAUGAACAGGUGGAAGAGCAUUCUCAACGAGUACGAGAUUGAACUCGAACACAUUGAAGGCAUUAAGAACAGUCUGGCCGAUUACUUCAGUAGAGAAGGAUGUGAAGAUUGUCUGCGAUGGUCAACCGAACAGGGAUUAUUUGCAAUCCUCUUUGGAGCGCCAUUGAGCACGGAGGACAAGAGUGAGGGAAUGCAAUUUCUCGAACAAUGGCAAAUCUACUUAAGUAAGGAGGGCAGAGUAAUUGUCCCUAGGAACAAGGGAAAAGAAGUCGCAUGGGAGAUACAUGAAAGAACUAUGCAUGCCGGGGAAACCACGAUGUGGCUGACCAUAUCCCGGUAUUUGACAGGAAAAGAGUUACGAGAAAGACUCAGAGAGGUCAGCAUGGAAUGCCAAUAUUGCAUGGUCUAUAAGAACCGCAAAAGCAAUUAUGGAUUUAUCGGAAGAGGUUACUACGGUAAGGACUUCAACGAUACCUUAGCUUCGGAUUUGGUAGGACCCUUUGUAAGGAAAACUGACAAAGGAAGAAUGAAGGUCUGGGUCAUCUCAUUCAUCGACCUAUGGAGCCGAUGUAUUAAGUUGAGAGCACUAACCACGAUCAAUAGUAGAACCGUGUUAGAAGCUUUCGAGAGUUGGAUAAAGGAAAAUGGGAAACCUAGGAGGUUCCUAAGCGAUAAUGGGGGAUGUUACACGAGUAAGGAAUUCAAGGAUUAUUUGAAAACCAACGGCAUCCAAACCCUAGCCUUAAGCGCUUAUAAUCCACGAGGAAACGGAAUAGCCGAGCGCUACAAUCAAAGGAUUAGUCUAGGCAUGCGCAUAACGAAGGACAUCCCAUUGGACACGGCCAUAGAGCGAAUUACCCAGGGAUUGAACGAAACUGCCAACAGAAGCACGGGAUAUAGUCCAAAGGAAGUAGUACACCAAACGAGCAUUUUCAACUUGGCUCGAAAACGAGUCACUAUAAGCAAGCAAGAAUUGAAGGAAAGAAACAUGAAGAGUCAGGGAAUCAAUCAGAAACGCGAAAACGACAAACGAGUACAGCACCAUUGGGACGUCGGCGAAGUAGUCUACGUCAAGGUAGGGGCAAUGCCAGGGAAAAUGGACUCCCGACAAUUAGGACCAUUCCGUAUCACUAAGGUGUUAAAGGAAUCAGGAGUUCUGGAGAUUGAGAACACUCGCAAACGUAUGUGGGUGAAUCAGCGUAGGGUGGUACCUCUAAAGGUGGGGUAG